AUGGCGGGGGAACCAGUGGCCAAGUCGUUGCGUGGCGUGGCGCGCGUGCCCCCUGCAGCCGCGCCGGUCACUCGCGCUUCGAGUGGCCUCCUUGCGGCAGUAUCGUUUGCGGUGGACGGAGGCCACGACGUGCUGGUGACUGCCACCCUGCGCGCGGAUGACACUCGCCAAGGGGAAUUGACAUUCUUGACAGUAGCGGCGGACAACUCCGCCAUGAUUCUCGCACGGCGUGCGUUCUCCUUCAACGCGGAGCCUCUCUUCGGCAUUGCGAAGGUUGUGUGUGCGGGUGUCAGCGUGGUUGCUGUGAUGAGCUCGUCGGGUGAAGUGGUGUGUGUGCGCUCGGGACUUCGUGAAAAUGACGUUGAGGAUGAUGCUAGCGACAGCGAAGAGGGCGAUGCGGAGACGUUUGUAAAUGCGGUGACGCACGCCUUAGACCUCUGCGCUGUAACAGUAGCGGGAUGUCCUUUUGUACUUACUUCUGGCCAUCAGAAGGUACAGGGGUUUUCCUUUCCGCUACAGCACGCAGGCGGGGAACUGAGGCAUGAGUGUCGUGAGUUAAACGUCGGACCCUUUCAUUCCAUUGCUGGCGUCGCAGAUUACCGCCAUGGACCAGCGCUUCUGCUCGGAUGUACGCUUGGAAGUGUUGUUGUGUUGGAGUGGGGCUCCCCGUUGGAUGAGCCCACGGUUAUUCGCUCCAUUCUCAUGGGACCAUCAACGCGUUACCUCGGUGUGGCUGUCGACGCUUUACUGUGCUCAGGGUCCCACAGAAUUGUCACGUUUUGCGGUUUUGGUGCGACGACGCUGGAGGAGCAGGAGGAAGGGACGGAGUUUUUUUCCUUGCACCGUACGGACGGUGUUCCGUUUGAGACGAGAAAGGCAUCUGGCGCCCGGGUGUCCUCCUUGCCCGCAUGGAAUACGGUGUGCCGCGAUGCACCGUGUCGACCGCACGCGGAGGGUUUCUCGCUCGUGGUGACACGACCACAGCUCCACCGCCCGUCAUCCGUCGCCCACCACGCCCUCCUUGUCAGGGUCUCACAACCAGGGUUGGCGGCAGUGGCAUCCGGGCCUCACGGGGUAGCUGAUGGCGGCGUCGCAAGCUUGUCGUCAUCCAUCAAUGUCAGCGUUAUGGAUGCGGGAUCUACGGAUUGCAAAAAAGCCCUUGCGAAGCUGACCUCGGCGGUUAGUGUGCUUCCGACGCUGCGGCGUACCCUUGGACGGGGCUCCCAUGCGUUUUUGGAAUUAGGCUUGUGCGAUGGCCGAUGCGCCGUGUUCUUUGGUUUGACGGAGGACAGGCAGAUGAAGCCCUGUAGUGUACUUCAGAUUGAGGGCAGUGAAGAUCGCCUACUGGGGUGUUCCUGGCUGCCACAGUCCCGCGGAGCCGUCAUGGUCCUUUCAGGGACCCUUCACCGUGUCGUGGAGGAAGCGAGCGAGAAACAGGCGCGUACCUCUGACGCGGCGGCGGCGGCCGUCGUUGGUGAGCUUGUUUUGUCCUCCCGCGAUCCCCUGCCAUGGGAAGGCGUUGACGUGUCUGCCCCCGUGACUCUGGAACAGGUGAGAGAGGUGGUGCGGACGACCGUGCGGCAAGAGAACGAGAGGAUGUCUUCUCGCUUAGAGGAACGCCUGGCCUCAUUGGAACAUGCCAUGAGUCUGUUGCUUCGUGAUGUGGGGAAACAAUCGGGUAAUGGGCGAGUUUGUAGUCCCAAAAGGUGA